GUCUGCCAAAGAAAGUGAUCGCCACCGCAGCCGGCGCGGCCACUGCGGCGAGUUUCGCACAGGGUUUGUUCGCGGACUGUUUACCACGCAGGCGGAAGAGGAAAGAAAGAAGAAGCGGCAGCGACCCGUGUGCAUGCGCCGUUUGACGCUCAGUACUGAGGUCGUCUGCUUUACGAAGGAUCUAUGAAGGAGCAAGCGGCUUUUUCAACGUGCACACCAGACUGAGGGAACAGGGAGUGAGUCCCUAUGCCGGGCAUCAGUUCCUCCGCGGUGCCACGUUAUGACAGCUGGGAUAUGGACCACCUGGACCACUACCAGCACUACUUCUACGACGACCACCAUGACCCGGAUGAGGACUUCUUCAAGUCCACGGCACCAAGCGAAGACAUAUGGAAGAAAUUCGAGCUGGUGCCCACCCCGCCCAUGUCCCCCGUCCGGUCAGUGGAGGGGUCAGGCAGGUUCGGUCUGGUGUGUCCCUCGCUAGGGGACAAGCUGGAGUGGGUGUCUCAGUUUUUGGGGCAGGAGGACGAACAGCAGCAGCAGCAGCAGCAGCAACAGGACCUCCCUUGCAAAGUGACCCCGACCACUGACUCUAUGGGGAACCUGAGCUCCAUCAUCAUCCAGGACUGCAUGUGGAGCGGGUUUUCGGCCGGACGGCAGCUUGAGAGGGUGGUGGGGGAGCGCUGCCACCCCUGCCAUGCUAAGGGGGUCCCCGCCACCACCAAGGUGGUCACCGGAACGUCACCGGGGAGGGCGCAGGGUGUAACCGCUGACACGCUGCCUCUCGGUUGUUUGGUGGCGGAUUGCGUGGACCCGGCCGCUGUGCUCACCUUCCCCUUGGGCGGAGGCUGCAAGAAGCAAAUCUCCUCUGGGUCAGAGUCUCACAUCAACUCAUCAGAUGAUGAGGAUGACCAAGACGAGGAUGAAGAGGAGAUCGACGUGGUGACCGUGGAGCACAAGCAACGCAAAUCCCGUCGUCUGGUCAACGGCCGCAAACCCGCGACCAUAACUGUGCGAGCGGACCCCCUGGACCCCUGCAUGAAGCGGUUCCACAUCUCCAUCCAUCAGCAGCAGCACAACUACGCAGCCCCGUCGCCAGACACGCUUCCGCUGUCAUCAGCCGAACCGCCGCUGCCCCGCAAGAGGGUCCGCCAGGAGGCCUCCGCCCUGGCGCUCCACCAACCGGGUCAGCACUCUCACUACCACCAACCCCGGCUCGGCCACGCCCCCUCGAACUUCGACAGCAGACGGUCUCAUGCUACCACGGCCGGGGCCCGUUCGGAGUCCCCUGACCUCGGCGCCUCGUCCCCCACCUCCCCUGCGUCGCCGUCGUCGCCCCCCUGCUCCUCGUCGUCAUCGUCGUCGUCCCCGCCGCACCUCUCCAGCCCCCAGUCGUCGGACUGCGAGGACACGGACCGACGCAAGGCCCACAACUUCCUGGAGCGCAAGCGGCGUAACGACCUGCGCUCGCGCUUCCUGUCACUGCGGGACGAGAUCCCCGGCCUGGCCAACUGCGCCAAGACGCCCAAGGUGGCCAUCCUGACGCGGGCCACCGAGUACCUGCGGCAGCUGCACGCCGGCGAGCGGCAGAAGGCUCAGGAGAGGAAGCAGCUGAAGGUCAAGCAGGCGCAGCUCCUGCAGAGGCUGGCGCAGCUCAAGCGAUCCUGAAUGCUCCCGGAACUGAAAACUGAAUGAAGGAGAAUGGACACUCAUUUAGAUACGUUGGAAUUGUGCAGGUGGAUUUUCUUUUUUUGUUGUUCUUGUGAUUUGCACAGUUAGCUUGUGAGUGAUAGACAAAGGCCUUUAGCCAGUCGGGACAGCAAAUGUAGGACUGCACGGGUCCUUGGUUGUUGUCUCAAUACACUGCUCACAAAAAGUUAGGGAUAUCGGGCAUUUGGAUGAAAUUUUAGGAUGCACUUUAAUAUUUAUAGGUGAAUUUGACCUUGUUUAAACGUUUGAAGGCACAUGUCCAACUGUUCAAUUUAUUCAAUAAUUGUUCUAUAACAAGGAGCUGAAUGGCUCCAUGAAUCCACAAAUACAUUUCCAGGAACGUCCACCUAUGCCUUUCGUGACUCUUCCAGUCUCUCGCCCUCUGUUGCAACCUACAACAAAGGAGCUGAAUGGCAUCCAUGAAUUAACAAGUACAUUUACUGGUUCAAUUAAAUUUGGUAUUUAAACAGUCCUAAAAACACCUAAAUUGAGCAACAGUACCUUGCCAUUAUGAGGCUUCAAACCGAUUCUCAGAGGGAAGUGGAGACUGGGGGAGUCACAGAGAGGCAGAAUUGGACCUCCUUGGAAAUUUUCAUGGAUUAAACUGUUGUGAACUUUGCCAUUCAGCUCCAUGUUAGAGAAGAGCAGCUAUGGAAAAAAAUGCUGACCGAAGAUCAAACCAGCUUUUUAUGUCCAUCCUGAAAUUUCAACUAAAAACCCAAUAUUGCUUUUUUUUUGUGCAUUUCCCCCCCCCAUGUUAAGAAAUUAGACACUGAAGUGCUGCAUGGGUUGGGGGGCUCCGUGUGAUGGUUGGUCGGGACAGACUGGAAGACCCCCACCCUUAUUUCUGCACUAUUUUGUGCCAUUCGCCAUAGCCCUCAAACACUUUUUUAAAAUUUCACCCCUGAAAAAUGGCUGUCUGUAACCAUUUGUAGCUCCAGUGAAACUUAUUUCAACAGUUUUGUAGCAUUAAUAAUUUGCUUGAUUUAUUUUUAUCCCCAAACUAGAAUCUGUACAAUUAUAGAAUUAUUGUGCCAUGGUGAAUGUCGGCUUCAGUAUAUCAACCAAAAGAAAUUCCUAAGAGAAUGGCUUCAAUUUCAUUUCUUUUCAUUGUCAACCAUUUUGGGAAAUGAACCCCACUGUAUAUCUCUGUCGUAUUAUUUUAUUUGUAAAUGUUUAUUUUCAUCCACCAUGGACGCCUCUUGAAGGUUUUCGGCGUUGGCGGCCGAUCCCAUUAUGUGUACAUAGUACCCCGUUUCUGUACAGUCCCUUUGGAACCAAAACCAGAGCUGUGUACUUUACUCCCCUUAUUUUUUUUAUUUUUAUCUCCCCCCAUCAAUUUGUCUUAAAGCUUACUGGCUUUUUUUUUUCCCCAGAGAUAACUCAAAAGCUAUUUUUGUUAAUAAAACGAAAUGAUAAAACACUGAGUAGGACUUGGAUUGCAUGGGACACUUUGUCACACAUCAAUGCCUCCUUGUUUGUGUUUUCUGUGUCUUGGGCAAAAAAAGAAAAGUCACUUAACAACAAAGUUUGAUACUAUAUUUUCCUACAGAGUUGUGUUCAGUGUGAGCUGUUUUUUUGUUAACGUGGCUGACAGGGGCCUUUCUGGUGGUUGUGUACUGAAUGCGGCUGCGUUGAAUUCGUGUGAUUAAAAGCCCCCGGACCUGUAGUGCACCGUCUUGGAUGGGAAGGAAGCCUCUUAAUGAUUGUAUUGUUGUUGCUUUUUGCAUGCUCUGUGUUCCCCACAGUCCAGAAGCAACCCAGCUUAGAAUAUCUCAGAGUAGCAUGUCCUGUCUUUGCCAGCACUCAGGAAUAGCUUUGUCGCUUAUAUCCCGCUGUAUGUAACGACCUCAGGAGCCCCCCCAGAAUCAAUGCUUCACCCUUCUCUUUUUUUCCUUUCUCCUCCUGCCCACAUCCUUCCGCUCAUCAAUUCGGUACAAACCCACCAGUUUCCCCUCGUUUUCGUUUCGCCGAAAGUCUCAUUUAUUUAAAUGUUUGAUUUGUAUCUGUUGCCAGAUGUGGCCGUUGCUAAUACAUUUGCAGUUCAUUUUGGAGCCUUGUUUCAGCACUUUUUUUUUUUUUUUUUUUUUUUCUCUCUCUGUACCUCAAGCCUAUAUGUAUAAAGAGUCUUUCAGAAAAUCAAUAAAUUUAAUUGUUUGACAUCA